UGAUGCACUGACAGAUUGUUUAUAAAUUCGACCAUUUUUGGCAUUAAUUUUCCUCUGAAUUUCCCCAUUUCCUUCUGUCCAAGUAUUCCUGAAUGUGCUUCAAUAAUUAUUUCAAUAAUCGAAGUUACUGGCCUUCUCAAUUAUGGAUAAACUAUGAAGAUGUGGAGAGAUCUUGUUUGAAUUUGAUAACUUAUUAGGCCGACAACCAACCUUUAAAGGCUUAUAUUUUCUUUUCACGUGUAGAAUUAUUUUACUCAAGUCAGGAAGACGAAAUAAUGCCAGGAAUAGUCGUAUUUAGAAGACGAUGGAUGGUAGCCAGUGAUGAUUUCGUUAUUCCUUUUUCUAUUGCUUUUGUGGUACGCGGAAUUUGGAUGAUAAUCCUUGCAGUAUCUCUUGGUAUCCACCAUGGAAUGCAUCACGAUCACUGGUCCAAUACUAAAGACCAACACAUAUGCCAACAAACUGUAGACUAUUACAUUGGUGGAUAUCUAGCUUUACUCUUUGCAACAAAUAUCAUGGAAGUAUCAAUUGCAUGGAUGAGUGGGAAGGGAUCGAUAAUGGACACUGAACCAAGAAGUCUUAUCCCUUCUCUACUAUAUGUGCGUCUUGUGUUAUCAAUUAUAGAAUUAGCAUGGUUGUCAGUCGGCAUAAAAUGGAUAUGGCUGGAUGCCAACUCAUGUAAAAUGACUGUUGAAAUAUACAUUGCUAAAGCAGUGGUUGUAUUCAGUUGGAUGUUCUUAUUUAUUGUUGCGGUUAUUAUCUUCUGUACAUUUGAUACUGCUGGAGAAACUUGGUUUGAAAUGCAGCGAGCACAAAAUGCUGGUUACUGUGUGGAUUCUGUCGAUGGCUCCCAUAAGUAUAAGUUACAUAUCACUCAGAAGUAUGAGCGACGCUGGCAGGGAUGCUUUCGGUAUGCUUUCUGUUGCAGAGGUGAAGUACAGGGUGAUGAGAAUGUCUAUGUAUUUAUUGGAAGGACCUUAUCAGAAUACUUUCAUGAUCUAGAUGUAGUUCCUUCAGACUUUGCUUCAGGUYUAGUGCUAUUAAGACGGCAUCAGAAAUUUCAAGAAAAGCUUGAACUAGAAAGAGCUCUUGARGAGCGACGGAUCCAGGAAAUGACUACUGAUGGUGUGCCUUUAAAAAAGUCUUCACUCAGGUAUCAACGAACCAACAAUGCACAGACUCUAAGGCUUGAUCGUAAGGAGGAGCUUCUUCAGUACAAGGACAUUGCUUAUUACAUGAACUAUGCCUUGGCAGCAUAYGGAUGGCCUAUUUACAUGAAAAGCCACGUCGCUUGUGGAUGUUGUAAACUAAUGGCAAGCUUUAGGUGUUGUUACUGCUGCCGAUCACUUGACAAGAGAAUCAACAAGUCUGUUCUGGUGGAGGAAGACAACUGCUGUCGAUGUCAUUUCUCUGCUCUAAAAAGAAUUGCUGAGGUUCAUAACUCAGAUGUUGUUUAUUGCAGUUACCAUAAUUCUAUGUACAAGUCUCCAUUUUAUGUGGCUCUCGAUCAUGUUAAGAAGUCUGUUGUGGUAGUUAUCAGGGGAACUCUGUCUUUACAGGACAUCUUGACAGAUUUUACAGUUGAACCAGAAAGGAUUCCUGUGGAGGGAGGUGAUCCUUCUUGGUUUGGUCAUAAGGGCAUGGUACGAUGUGCUAUGUAUAUUGAGAACAAACUGAUCAAUGGAGGCAUUCUACAGAAAGCUUUCAACGCUGACCCGGACUGCGGUACUCAGAAUUACCGUCUUAUUCUGUUGGGUCACUCGCUUGGUGCUGGUACAGCGGCUAUCUUAGCUUUCCUUUUACGUCCUCGCUAUCCUGACCUGUUCUGCUAUGCCUACUCUCCUCCUGGAGCCAACCUUAGCCUUUCUGCUGCUAAAUAUGCAAGAGAGUUUGUUAUUUCUGUUGUUGUUGGCAAGGAUAUGAUACCACGGUUGAGUCUGUUCACACUAGAAGACUUGCGCAAUAACAUCAUGACGAUGAUAUCCAAAUCCAGAAUGUCCAAGUGGAGGAUUCUCCGUGGCUGUGCAUGUCGCUGUGCCUUUGUCUGCUGCUACGGCUGCAAAUGUGUCAAGUUUGAUGGUCAACGAGAUGAAUUGGAUUCUGAGAUAGAAAACAUCGAGAUUCCAGAAAUAACCCAUUCUAAUUCAAUGAGGUUUUACCCCCCUGGCCGUAUCCUGCAUGUUGUCAAGACUUGUUCUGUCAGUCGCGGCUGUGGCGAAACCGAGACAAUGUACGAACCUGUGUGGGCGGGUCUUGAAGAAUUCCAGUCCAUCAAGAUAUCAGGCUUAAUGUGGAAGGACCACAUGCCAGACUUUGUACUAGAAGCCCUCAAUAAGUGCUUACCAAGUAAAGAACAAGAAGAAGCUGUAAUGAAUGCACCUCACUCGCCACGCCCACUYGCCCUGGAGGUACCCAGUAAUGACUGGUACUGUAGGCCAAGAGAUUCGUACUCACAGGAUAGCAUCUCGUAUCGGUCUGAUGUGGAACAGUAUACCAUUGAAGUACCUAGUUUUCCAGUUGAGCAAUCAGCGGGAGCUACGAGCAAGAAUCUAAGCAGCCAAGCCGAUUCACGGGACUCUAUCACUAUCGAAAUACACAAAAUUAAGAAGAAUAUAUCUGCAGCAAGCGCACACAAUACCGACAGUCAGGACUCGUUCAAGGUUCCCUUAGCAAGGCCAGAAAGCUCAUUAGAUGGUUCCGACCUCGAAGAMAGUGCAUCCUCUUCACGGAUCUCUUCAACAUGGAAGGAGUUUCACCUACCAGUUGUUGAACAAAGUAUUGACUCUCUGAAUUCUUCUCGCUCAAGAUGCGAGGCACUUUCUCCGAUUGCCGUCAAGUCCUUAUCUACUACUCCAACUAUUCACGAACAUUUGAAUGAGCAGUUUUUCUCGAUACCUAGUAUUCCUACGUCUCAUUCUGCUUUCUCUGCUCCUCCUCCCAAACCUMCUCGGACGUAUGAAACCGAGCGGUCAAGGGAAUGGAAAUCCUCUGAUUAUAACACCUCUAUUAGUAGUAAUAACAGUGUACAGUCACCCUGUUCAAUAGCACCUCCAAAGCCUCCCAGAACGUUUGAAUAUGUCAUGGUUGAUUGUGCAUCGUACUCGUAUGGUCUUUAUUCUCUUUCUCCAACCUUGUCUCCUUACAAGGAAUCGAUUUCGUAUCCUAAUGGUUUUACUCACGCUCAAGGGUCCAGCUCGAUUGAAUGCCAAGAUUUUGUUGAUAAUGCUAACCCACUUGCUGUCAAUGCUACAGGAAACCCUUACAAGUCGCAUUCAACCAMUGUCACUUACCUGCAAGACCGAUCUUGUCUCACCUUGUGUAAUGGAUUCAAGGAAAUUCAAUCUUCGCGAAAUAACUAUACAAAACAACCACAGAAUUCCACUAAAUCUUACACUUUGAAUAAGCCGUCUCGGGUUUURUCCGACGACAAAAUGGAUGUAAAUAAUUUCUCUAAAAAACAACUUCAAAUCGAACAGAAAAGCUACAGCCUUGUUAAUACUACAGAAAUCAAUCGUGGGCUGAAAAAUGGGUUAUCAAACUCGACAGGACAACAAAAUGUUGUUAUCCGUCAAGGAAAAGGGAACAGGAAUAGGAGCAAACGCCGUGCUAUUUACUGGGACGGUGAUGAGACAACCAACUUGCUUCGGUAUUCUUGUUCUUGUUCUGAUAUCCCGGAUGUUUCAGUACUCGAACCCAGUACCCAUGAGCUAGAAAAUGGUAUGCUAGAGACUUUAUUAUGAUUGAUAGUUUGACUAUGAAACCAGGAGCACGUGAGGUAAAGCGCCAUUUGGCUUGGGAUACCUGUGGUGUUUUUACUUGUUUGGGACUUAGAAAUAAGGAGUCAAAGUAGCGAUAUAUGGAAUUAUACGAUUCAUUAUCUCGUAAACCUUUUGACAAAAUCAGCCAAAAGUUUGGCACAAAAUUGGGAGAUAUGUAAUCUUUCAAAAUGCAAAGUUUCGCUGGCAAGCGAUGAGCAGAAGAGCACUAAAUUUAGGAUAAAUUAAGUAGUUAUUGGCGAUUUUGAGAUCGAAGCUGCCAGCAUACUUUAAGUAUUUCUUUACUAGGCAAGCUGAAUUUUCCCAAAGUCCCAAACAGACUUUAUUGAGUUUAUUUUAGCUAAAUCCUUGUUUUAAAAAUGUAUUGUUUUUUAGCCGUUUUAAGAAACAUUUCACUUGAGAUAAUCUCGCUCAUUAGCAGUUGUUUUACGCAUGGUUUUGGAUUGCUUUUAAUCUUUAAGAUUCACUGGGGGUGGUUUCCAAACUUCUUUCUUACUUCACGUGCUCUUGAUUAUGGUCCAAAAUUCUUGGAGUAUUUUAAUGAAUCAUUAAUAUAUUAUUAAUGUAUUGCUAAAUCAUUAUUUAUUAGAAAAUGUUUUGGGUAUAUAGRCGCAAGAAAUGCGUAACAAUAAAGUGAUGAUAUGCAAACGGUUUAUAUGAA